UGAAUGUGGCCCAGACUUACGUAAACAUUUCAGUCCCCUUGGUAGUUUAGUGGCUUAUUUUAAUUUUGUCUGCUUGGCGGUUCAAAUGUAUUAUUGUUAUCUAAGGUUUUAGUGCAUUGGUGGUUUAUAAGUGUGUGACUAUCUCAGUCAUGUAAUUUCACAUGGAAAUUUAUAAUUGAAGUGUUUUGAAACAGUUAUGUAAUUAAAAUGCAUGAAUCGCUGGCAUCAGACUCAUUAACAGCUAUGGAAACUCCGGUAAAUAGCGAUAUAGAAAUGGACGAUAAAAAGAAGAGUACCACUUCUUCCAAUCCUGGAACGCCUGGAAAGCAAAAGCUAAGUGGAUGGCUGAAUAAGACUUUCAAGAUAGAAAUGACAGAUGGUCGAGUUCUUGUAGGAGUCUUUCUUUGUACUGAUAGGGAUGGAAAUGUCAUCCUUGGGUCUUGUAGUGAAUACUUAAAACCAGAAGAUAAUGGUGUCAUUGAAGAGCCACGAGUGUUGGGCCUUGUUAUGGUUCCAGGAAGACAUAUUGUUUCUAUACACAUAGAUGACACUACAAACUGUGGUGGAGAACCCAUUUAAUGUGACACUUUUGUAUUGAUGUUUUAACAAUUUAUAUACUGUCUUUCUCAUGUUAAAUAAUUGUUUCGAAAAAUGGUAGUACUUAUUUUAAUUGUUCAGUCAAGAUAAUUUCACUUUCUGCUUUUGUAAAUUAAAGAAUUAGAAUAAGUGGAAAAGCAAAAAUUUUGCAAAGACAAAUGAAUCCAUAUAUGUAAUAGCCAAAUGUCCAUCCAUCCAUCCAUCCAUGUGUCUCCCAAAUAGCAAUCACAGGAAAAAUAGUAAUAUGAAAAGAAAGUUCCUCUUGGAGAGACAACCCCAGGAAAAUUUGUAAUUUUCCUGUUAUAUUCAUGGGUUCAAGACCAAGUCAGUUUCUUUUCUUCAUAAGAAAAACAUGGGAACUGUAAUGAUGAGUGAGGCUGUCUAAUGGCUGUUCAGAAAGUAACCUCCAUUUAUUUUAGGCAACUAUUGCAGGAGAGGUGGAGAGCUUGUGCAUGUGAGAUAGUGUCACAUGAUUCAUUGCCUCAUAAAUCAUCAUAUAACUGGUCACCUAGUAUUUGCUCUUGUCUCUAGAGAGUGAGUUAUGAUGUGUCCUGCAAUUGAUAAUCCAACCAGCUCUGAAAUUCACACUGUUAUCCACUUUCUACAUGUUAGAAACUUGAGUUGUGUGGAAAUUUAUCGUGAAUUAAGCAUGGUUUACAACCAAAAUGUAAUGAAUGAAGGACUUGUGAGACAAUGGUGUAGAAUGUGCAGUGAUGGGCGAAUAAAUGUUCAUGAUGAAGAGUGAAGUGGUUGGCUGUCUGUAAGGAGUGAUAAUUUUGUUCAAAGCGUUGAGCAAAAAGUUUGUGAAAGAUGGCGCUUCAUGAUUUCAGAACUUUCAUGUGAAUUUCCACAGAUUUCAUGCAGUGUUCUGAAUGAGAUUAUCACAGUUACACUAGGCUAUCACAAGUUUUGCACAAGAUGGGUUCUGAAAAUGCUCAUGGGUGUACGCAAAACACAAAGAAUGACUUCCUUCAGGUUGUGAAACCAAAGAGCAGCCAAAGCAGUGAAUGCACACACAUUCACCAAACAAGCCGGAAAUGUAUAAAGAAAUGGCAGCUCUUUUCUGGGACAAGGAAAGGGGUGCUGAUGGUGGAAUUCAUGCAGCAAGAGACCACAAUAACAUCAGAAGUAGAGUCUAAAGGGUUCUGAUGAUGGUGUAUAACACUCAGAUGUGAUGAUUUUUCAGACAUCGUCUGGUAUUCUAAAAACUAGAAAACAAAACAUUUUGGAAACUGGAUCUGUUUCUGUCUAAAGUGAGGGGGAAAUGCCUACUAUGUUGGGUCUCUUAGGAAGAGCUAACCUCAAUCACCUGAGAAUACACCAUAUCCAAUUUCUGAAACAUUGUUGUUACACCUCAGGGGGAGGGGGUGAGAAAAUAUGAUUACUUUAGUCUGUCGUUGCCCAGUUAGCUAAAAUCUUCGCGGCCCUCGGCUGCCGUCAGCUGUCUUGGUUCUGGUCGCUCGGGAUCAGUCGGGGAUGGGAUGGUUAUGAAGGAGUGAAUCAAAACUCCCUGCGUACAUCCUAUCCUAUGUACACUGGUCUAUUUACAUUAAAAGGGCCGCCUUCGGCCUGUUUACAUCACACCUUCUCGUUAAGCUCUUUCUAAUUUCUCUGUCGGAGGGAGGUACCGUGAGACUGUUGCUUCCCUUCAUUGUUUGUCACUCUCUACUCCAUUUCUACCCUAUUCUACCCUAUUCUACCCUGGCUCUCGCUGGGGUACACUGGAGACUGCACUUAAGAUCACACAACAACACUUUUAUCAACACUAAUGUUUAACAGCAUGGCGCAUAUGAGCAGAGAGACUUACUUGUAAUACCAAUGUAGAUAACUGUCGCCAUCCACCAUCUCGUGGCACACAUAUCGACUAGGGCCUCCGGCUGACAACUGAAUAUUAUGUGUUAGAUCGGAUUCCUAAGUCUCCUAAAUUCGGCAAUUUAUAUCAUUAACUUGCUGAAUUGGCUGUGGACGAAAGAGGGAAGUUAACGCCCCUUGUUCUCAGUUUCCAAAGUUAUAUUCUAAUUGGCUAUUCCGUGUGGUUGUGGGUGGGCCCAUGGCGUCUCAUCGCUGCGUAAUUAAUAAUAUUACCAUCUCCAGUGGCCCCAUUAGCAGAGCUUCUUACUUAUGUGAUUACGCACAAAUGCUGAUCAUCAACAUUCUUAACCUAGUUGCCUGUCCAGGUGUUGACAUACUAAUGUAAUGGCUGUAAAACACUUUUCGCAAGUCUCGGAACAUUUAAGUAAUGCCUUAAAUUUCCAAUCUCAAAAUUGGGGCGCAACAAUUGUAUUCUCUAGCUUUUAGAAUACUGGGCAAUGGACAAAGUCUGAAAGCUAAGUAAUUCUGAACAUUGGAAGUGUAUUGUGAAACAAAAUAAAAAUAUGUUGGGCCGGCCAUCCAGAGAAGGUAUGGAAUGCUAACAUCCAGUAUAGUGCUGUUCCAUGACAAUACACAUCCACAUACAGCUGCUUGUACUCAACAACUGCUGGAGCAUUUCAACUGGAAGUUGUUUGACCACCCUCCUUGCAGCCCUGAUCUCCCUCUGAGUGACUAACACCUAUUUACAUGCAGAACUGACUGGGAUCACAGCACUUCAACAAUAAUGAGUUGAUGGAGGGUGUAAAAGUGUGGCCGAACUCACAGAUGGAAGUGUUCUAUGGCACAGGUAUACAAAAACGUAUUCCCUAAUAAAGUAGCUCAUGUAUAUAUA